CAUCUAUGUCUUUUCUAUAUCUAUGUGUGAAGCAGUGUGAAGUGAGGUUAGGCACUAGACAGCUGGCCGAUAACCUUUACAGGUUUGAAAGAAUAGAAAAGUAAAGUAUUCUUUCAAAUAAUUUAUAAAAAAUGGCAGAUGUACGUGAUAUAUUGGAUAUUGAACCGCCUACGACUGUAGAGUUAACUAAGGAAUCUAUUUUGGGUAACGAUAAGAAGAACAGGAAAAAAUAUGAGUACAAAGUUCCCAAACGGCCAGAAGGCAUGCACCGUGAAGUAUUUGCUUUGCUGUGUAAAGAUAACAAUGAUGUGCCACCUUUAUUUCCAACUGAUACUGGAAAAGGAUAUAAACAAGCCAGAGCUAAGCUUGGCAUGAGAAAAGUUCGCCCAUGGAAAUGGACUCCGUUCACAAACCCAGCUCGAACAGAUGGUGCAGUAUUUCAUCACUGGAGACGAGUUGCAGAUGCAGGGAAAGAGUACCCCUUUGCUAAAUUUAAUAAAAAAGUUCCAAUACCUACUUAUACCAAUGCUGAGUAUGUUCAACAUUUAGUAACAAAUGGAUGGACCCGUUCAGAAACAGAUCAUCUUUUUGAUUUAUGUAAAAGAUUUGAUUUAAGAUUUAUUAUUAUCAAAGAUAGGUGGGAUCGUACUAAAUUUUCAGAUAGGUCUGUAGAGGAUUUGAAAGAAAGGUAUUAUCAAGUGUGUGCUGCAUUAACAAAAGCAAAGUCUAAUGUUGACAAAGUAUUUGUAUUUGAUGCAGAGCAUGAGAAACGUAGAAAGGAGCAACUAAAAAAGCUGUUUGAACGCACUCCUGACCAGGUAGAUGAAGAACAAACUCUUUUAUCUGAAUUACGUAAAAUUGAGCAAAGAAAAAAAGAAAGGGAUCGAAAAACUCAAGACUUACAAAAGCUAAUAACUGCUGCUGAUAACCAAGCAGACCCAAGAAAAAGCGAGAGAAAACCAAAGAAAAGCAGUAAUUCAAGUAGAAACCGACCAAAUAAAGCAGACUCGUCGUAUUUUUACCGGUCUGCAACAAAGACCAUCCAUUUUCAGGCACUGGAAUCAGCUGGAAUUAAAUUUCCGGAUUUUAAAAAUAGCGGAGUAUCUCUUCGCUCUCAAAGAAUCAAAUUACCAAGUAGUCUUGGUCAGAAGAAAAUGAAGGGCAUUGAGCAAAUGCUUAUCGAAUUGCAUCUUGUAGUUUGUGUUACAGAUUUAAAUCCUCCGCCAACAGAACAAAUAUGUCAACAAUUCAAUGAUUUACGUAGCGAUAUUGUAUUGCAUUAUGAACUAAGAGGUGCAUUAGCUACAUGUGAUUAUGAAUUGCAAUCUUUGCGACAUCAAUAUGAAGCUCUGGCACCUGGAAAGACAUUAACAAUACCGCCGAUUCUUUUGCCAAAGACAGAAACAGAAAUUAAAGCUGACAUUAUCGAUGUAGUGGGAUCUCCAAGCAUGUCGAUUAUUCACUAAGUGAUAUUGUUAUAUUCAGCUACUUAUUCAUAAAAGUCUUUGAUAGCAGAAAACUUACAAUCUGCUAGUUUACAAAACUUGGAAUCAAUAUGUUGUGUAUUUUUCUAAUUUUCAUUAGGGUCAAUGAUGAAUUCCAAUAAAACUUACAUUUUAUGUUUGAUAGUUUUCAUGCAAUGUUUGUGAUUUUAUUAUCAAUAAACGUAUUACUAUAUAGUGA